AGCAACCCGGAAAAAGGUGGAGAGAAAAAAACACCAGCCUGCUUCCCCAGUCGUCAAGGAACGAUGGUCGGACUGAGACGCUUAAUUAUUAGCAUAAGGAGGCUGGCGGAGAGAGAGCACAGGGAGCUCCAAGCUUAGGCGUACCGUCGCAUUCACCCUACCGUUGACACCAAGCGCACAACGAUGCCUGCCGUCGACUGGACCAUUAUACUAUGCAUCCUGGCAGGGGCUAUCCUCGCGCCUCAAGCGGGGAUGAACGGAACUCUAGGGCAGCUGGGACGGAAUAAGCCCUUCGCUUCGCUUUGGUCCUUUACGACAGGGAUGGUUAUCCUCAUAAUCUAUUGGUUAGCGGAGUCGCAUGGAGGGAAGGACACGGAUUUUCAUGCCACCUAUACAGAUGCCCCAUGGUACGCACAUAUGGGCGGGUUCGGGGGCGCCUAUUACGUUGUCAUGAUAGUAUACCUGGCUCCACGGCUCGGUGCAGGAACCAUUAUGAGUGUCUCCGUGACGUCGCAGAUGGCAGCGGCUUUGAUCUUCGACCACUACGGGGCACUUGGCCUCGAACGGCGGCAGGCGACGGCCGGACGGAUUGUGGGUCUUAUCCUGUCGGCGAUUGGAGUCGCCUUGAUAAUGCUUGGCAACGACUUCUUCCGACGCAAAGUGGCGCAGGAUGCUACGAUUACGAAUACAGAGGUGGCCGACGAGCGGGCUCUUGAAAAUUCUGCGCAGGGGAAGGAGCAAAUGCAGAACGAGGUUGUCGUAAAUCACCCACAAGUCAGCGGACCGAGCGGACCGAGCGGACCAAGAUUCGACUGGACGGUCAUCCUCGCCUGUCUCGGUGGCAUCUGCCUCGCCCUACAAGGAGCCAUGAACGGCAAGCUCGGCCAAUAUUCGGGCGGUGGCUACGCAGCGGCCUUCUCCUUUCUCGAAGGCUGGGUGAUCAUCGCCCUUCUCUUCGUAUACGACCUCUACUUCGGCCCCCAAACGCCCAAGUUGGAACCAAGAUGGAGCACGCGCGAAGUUUUCAGAACCGUUCCAUGGUGGGCCUGGUUCGGCGGCGUGAUGGGAGCCCUCUACGUCCUGGCCGUCACUGUUCUCAUCCCAAGGUUGGGCGCCGCCACGGUGUUGGGGACGGGUGUGUGUGCGCUGGUGAUCUCGGCGGUGAUUUGCGAUCAUUUUGCGUGGUUUGGGUUGCCCCGCACGCCUGCGAGUAUCGCCCGGCUGGUGGGAGUGUGCAUCUUGGUUGCCGGGGUGGUAAUGAUUACCAUUUUAUAGAAUUGGCGAUGGGUACUAGACUGUAUAGAUUCUAUUUCUGAUACUAGCGGAAUAUCACAUAAUUUAAGCCGAUG